AGUGUAAGAUCAAAUAAGCUCAAUUUUCAUGAUUUUACAAAUCAGUUUUCAAGAUAAAAUCCUAACCAACACUCUUUUGUCAUUCUUUAGUAGGAGGAUGGACACCAUUUUAAGUGAAAUUGAUUUAGGGAGCUUUUCAGCCUGUGUUCAACAUCCUUGGAUAAAACAACAAAGGUUGGGAGACAGCUCUGUGUCCAAGAGCGAGGACUGAAGGAGUCCACCAGGGUACCUCCAUCUGGUGCAGCUAACAAAGGCCCAAAGAAAAAUGGCCACAUUUCGAAAAUCUGUCUUUCCCACCAGAAUGUAAACCCCACAUAAGUAGGACUUUUAUUCUGGUGAAAUCUGUGAAAUGACUCUGAAGACCUGGGCUCCUGCUCCCCUGACCUCCUGGGGAGGUAGAAACGGACAUGCAGGGAGGGUGACCAGGGGAGGAUUCUGGCCUCCUGACGAAGGCUGAGGAAGGCCAGAGGAGGCCUGGGGGCCACGGUGAGGCUGGAAUUGAGCUGCACCCCAAGCAGCAAGAAGGAGCAGGACAGGGGCCUGACGCCAUGCUCAACUCAACAUUCCUGACCCUGUCUUCUGACAUAAUCUCUCUCAUUUCCUACCUCAACGGCUCCAAGAGGCUGUCAGCAUCACCUCCAUCCUACAGGUGGGGAAAUGAGACUUGUCGGUAUCUCUGCACUGCACAGUCCAGGCCAGGGUCAGGAAUCCAGCCCUUCCCUGCUCUUUUUGGUCAGGGGCAGAGAAUAAUAGUGGUCACCAAGUGGGAGUUGUGAUCCUUUGGAUGUCAAGAGAGAGGCUGGGCACAGAGGAAGCAGGCAGACAGGCAGCUGAUAAUCUGUCCUGAGGAGGCAGGAAGGUGGGAAAGCCACUUGGGAGCUGAAGUUUCAAGCUCCAUUUUCCCCUCAGACUUCACUUCUAAAACACAAGUUCAAAGAUAAUAACUAUCAAGAAUUUCAAGACAGUGACAUUACAGCAUGAAACCUUGAGUCUGGGGUGCACCUGAGCACUGGCUCUGAGUGAUGGCACUGGUUGCACAGCUGCCUCUGGGACAGGCAGAUGACAAAAACCUCCCAGCUAGGUGGUGAGGGUGGGUUGCACCCUGUAAUCAGAAACAUGAACUCCUUGGGCCAGUGCGAAGGGACAGGCGCCCAGGGGACGUGUCACUUGUGCCCAGACUGCCUGUGGGCUGAGCAGGAGGCAGGGAGUGGACUCAUCUGGGCGUCGUUGCUGAAGGCCAGAAAGGAAUCUCUUGCUGCCUGAAAAAAUGACACCAUUUUCUCUUUCUCUUCUGGGCUGAAGAAAAACAAAACCCCCAACCCAGUCACCCUUGGAGAGAGAUUCCUGGCUUUCCCGUAGACAUAUAUUUUCGGCAGAGGCAGUGAAGAUGAAUGGCCUCCUUGCGUGCCUUGGUGGGGGGACGGCUGGCUCGCUUGGCUGGCUCCAGCCUCCCCCUUCCUCCUGUGUUUGAGGUCAACCCUGUGUUGGGGUUGUAACAACUUUCGAGAACAUACCCAGAGUCCUGCAUUCCAACACUGUUUUUGCAGUCCACAUGGAAGGGCCAAACUGCCCCCAGCCUUGCCAGGGAAGCCUCAGGGUGUGAGCUUCCAGAAGGGGCUUUUGUGACCCAGGCUUUUGUCCCCAGGGUUUAUGGCAAUGCUUGGCAUUCAGAAGGCGCGCGCCAGCGGCGCAGAGGGAACAGACAAGGGGAGGGGCUGGCAGACGCGGUCAAGUGUCAGGCCCGGGUGGGGGAUGGGAGGUGGGCAGGGCGGCCCGGCCGGGCGCUGCCCUUUGCGAAGUGGGUGGCCCGGCAUGUCCCGGCCACCCCUGCCACUCACCCCCUGAGGUCCCAAGUUCUCGGGGUGAGCGGCAGACACGGGUGCUCCAGGCACAGCAGUAGGGGCUUCAGAACAUCCCGAUCCUCUGCAUGGACCGGCUGUGAGGGGGGGGAAACGCCUCCCGCACCCGGUGCCACGGCGGUGGAGACCUUGCCCCGGUUCGAGGGUCGCUGCAGCAGUGCCGGUGGAGGGGCUGGUCUCGGGCGUGGCCUGGACGCCCACAGGCCUCCACACUGAGGGCCCAUAGCAGUGUCGGAGUGCGGCCGCUGUCCUCACGCGGUCGCCCCGGGGUGGUGAACACAUCACGCAAAGAACUGGCCCAUGUCUCUGGCUCACCCCGGCGAUGCCAACGCUGAGGCUGGCGCUGGCCCCAGCCCCGGCCCCGGCCCCCGGUGGUGUUCAGGGACGACGGGUGGGGGCAGGGAGGGCGGCGGCUCGCGCCACCUCACACCCAACCAGUGCCUCACGCGGCACUAGACCCGCUGGGCCAAUCUGAGCCCGGGUGGCAUCAAAACCAGACCCUUUCGGCCAAUGACAGGACACAACACAUCACUUUCCGCGCCCAGCCAAUCCGUGCAGCAGCCCGCCGAAGGCCUUCCCCCGCUGCCGCCCAAUCAGCAGGUGGGGGGCGGUCGCCACGUCAGCUUCAGCGGGGGCAGUCGGAGUGCUGCAGCAGUCUCCAGGCAGAACGGUCGCCGCGUCGCCUCAGCACGGACUUCCAGGGAGCUCCUCAGCAAGAUCCUGCCAGGGCGCCCCUCAGCGCGAUUCUGCCGGGGUUCCCCUCAGCGUGGUCCUCCCCUGCAUGCCCCUCAGCGUGGCUCUCCCCGGGGCUCCUCAGCGCGAUUCUCCGGGUGCGCCCCUCAGCGCGGUCCUCCCUGGUGCGUCCGUCAUCGUGGUUCUCCCCGGGGUCCCUCGGUGCGGUUCUCCUCGGGGCUCCUCGGCGCGGUUCUCCCUGGGGCUCCUCAGCGCGGCGCUCUCCUGGAGGCUCCUCAGAGCGGUUCUCCGGGGUCUCCUCAGCGCGGCGCUCUUCCAGGGGCUCCUCAGCGCGGUUCUCCGGGGGCUUCUCAGCGCAGUGCUCUCCUGGGGGCUCCUCGGCGCGGUUCUCCCCGGGGGCUCCUCAGCUCCUCAGCGCUGUUCUCCCCGGGGGCUCCUUGGUGCGGUGCUCUCCUGGGGGCUCCUCAGCGCGGUUCUCCCUGGGGGCUCCUCGGCGCGGUUCUCCCUCGGGCACCCGGGGCUUUUCAGCACGGUUCUCUCCAGGGGCUCCUCGGCGUGGUUCUCCCCGGGGCACCCGGGGCUUUUCGGCGCGGUUCUCCCUGGGGGCUCCUCGGCGCGGUUCUCCCCGGGGCACCCGGGACUUUUCGGCGCGGUUCUCCCCGGGGGCUCCUCGGCGCGGUUCUCCCCGGGGCACCCGGGGCUUUUCGGCGCGGUUCUCCCCGGGGCACCCGGGGCUUUUCGGCGCGGUUCUCCCUGGGGGCUCCUCGGCGCGGUUCUCUCCGGGGCACCCAGGGCUUUUCGGCGCGGUUCUCUCCGGGGCACCCGGGGCUUUUCGGCGUGGUUCUCCCCGGGGGCUCCUCGGCGCGGUUCUCCCCGGGGUACCCGGGGCUUUUCGGCGCGGUUCUCCCCGGGAUCUCCUCGACGCGGUUCUCCCCGGGGCACCCGGGGCUUUUUGGCGCGGUUCUCCCCGGGGCACCCGGGGCUUUUUGGCGCGGUUCUCCCCGGGGGCUUCUCAGCACGGUUCUCCUCCGCGCGGUUCUCCCUAGGGUUCCUCAGCUCGGUUUUCCCCAGGAGCUCCUCAGCGCGACUCUGUCUCUGGGGCUCCUCAGCGGGGUUCUCCCCGGCGGCUCCUCAGCACGGUGCUCUCCCGGGGGAUCCUCAGCGCGGUUCUCCCAGACUCGUCAGCGCAGCCCUCCCCAUCUCUCUGGGAGGGUUUGAACACGGUCAUCACGGAACUGGGCGGACGGCGCGGGACGGGUGAUCACUGGCGUUGCUGAGGCUUCUCUGGAGGGACCGUACCCUGACUCCUGAGGAUGCAGGAACCCAGCUCCCCUGAAGCCUCAGCCCUGAGUCUUCCCUGACCAGAACACAAUGCCUCAAGGUGGCCCCUUUGCAGCAACCUCCUUGUUCUUCCCUCUCCCAGUCCCCUCUUCAGAUCCCUCACCCAAAGCCCCAUGCCUGGGCUCCUUCCUGCCUUCCCAGGCUGGCUCAUAUCCAGCAGCCACUUUUGGAACAGCCUGCUCUGAGGGAGGCCUUGGUAAGUUCCAGGACAGGGACCUGGUUGGGUGAUGACUGGAGUCUCUGACCUGCCUGGGCCCACUUAUCACUGGAGGCCUUGGGAGUGCCAACCUGAAAAGGCUGCAGGAUCUUGCAGAAUGGUAAUGUGCCAGACCCAAAGUGGGCGGAGAGCUUGGGGGUGGAUGUUCAGGUCUCUCAGGCCCUGUCAUCCUGGAGUGGAACAAGAAACAGCCCAGUGUCCUAGAUGACACAGCCACACUGGCUUGGGGUCACCCCUGGCCAGGUGGGUAACCUCUGGCUCCAGGGAGCUUGGCAUGUGCUGAUACCAGCACUGGCAGCCCUCACCCCCAUAGUGGUGAUUUACUGGGCAGCUGCAAGUUUGGCUGUGAUCCACAUAAGUGCCUGGUCUCUCACCACCUUCACCUGCAGGGGCCUUGCAAGACCCAAGAGUUGGUAAGGCCUGGCUGCCCAGCUAGAUGGACUGUGGGUGAUGGCCCUCUCCUCCCAGUAGGACUUUUUGCAUGUCUGGAUGCCAGUCUGUGACCAAGAGAACCAAGGUGAGCGAGAGCUCCAACAGGAGAAACAAGCAGCCAGAAGGAUGAGAAGGGACAGUCCCCUCUCUGAGGGGACAGCCAAGAGGCAAUACAGGCACUGACACCUGUAUUACACACAACAUGAGCCACUAAACUCUAACACUGAUCACUUUGGAGGUCCGUCAUAUCCAGGACUUGGUACAAGCCUUAGCCACAGUGUAAGCCAUCAUUCUGCCUUCUGGUGCUGACCCGUACCUGGGCAGCCCAUCUGGCUACCAGCCUGCUCACACCUCUGCUCCUGCCUUUUUACCCAGCCAGGAGGGGCCCAGAAGCUCAGAGCCCUAUUCUCAGGGUGUCCAUGACUAGUCACCCCUGCUUUCCAGUGACCUGCUGGCUCCCUUGGAGCCUCUUCACACCCUACCAACCAUGAGGUACUGCCAACCUCUGUGAAUUGGGGGGGCCUGGAAAGACAGUGAGCAGGUCCUGUCUGAUAAUAAUUACCCCUUAAGACAGCCACUCCUUCCCUGGAGGUGGCCUCAUUCUGGCUACCCAACCCUGCCAGUUCUCUGGUUACACCUGCAGCCCCCAGCACCAUGGGUCCCGAUUUCCUCAGUGAUUUGCAAGGCCAGGCCUGCACCUGGCUGGCUGCAAAGGCAGGAGGCCUAGGGCCUCACUACGACAAAGACACACAUGGCUCAGGACAACCUCCUGACCCCCAGAGAGUCCAAAGAACAAAACACCCUUUAGAAAAACGUCAGUAGAGAGAAGGAGAGUUCCCACAAGUGACCCUCAGAAGGGCCGCGAGUAUCACUCACAGAUCUUGACACAAAGACAUUUAUCAAGGGGAAUCCCCAGUGGGUUAGCAGCCAGAAUGGGACUGUGGCCAGAAUGGACCUGGGUGCCCCAAUGACCCCACUGCACGGCUGUCACUGCUGGGCACCCCAGCAGGGAGUCACAUGUCACAGGGGAAUCACACCAUGGCCGGGCACCGGGGAUUGGCCUGGCCAUGCCGUGACGGUAGGGGAGGACGGGCAUGCAUCCCAGGCCAGCUGUGCCUCAGGGGAAGGCCAACUGGAAGGCGUGGAAAAUCAGCCAUUUCCUCCACCUGAAGGAGCCCCUGAGGACAGCAGCAGCAACUGGCAGACUGCACUCGGCAUCUGCCCCAUGGCUUUGGCCAGGGUUCCAUGGGGAAAUGCUAAAAAACAAAGUCGUCUCUUUUUUGGGGGGCAGGGGAGGGGGCUGGGGGAGAGAAAAACAAUCUCAGACUCUCAAAGCAUGAAAACAAGUGGAAAAUGAUCAGUCUGGUUUUCCAUAAGUCAAAACAAGAGGAUCAUGUUCCCAGGCUCAGUGGGAAGUGUCCUUGCUCUCCUCUCUUGCCUGGUGCUUCGGUGCUGGGGCCAGGCAGAUGGCAAGUGGUGGGCACUAGGCGAGUAGAUAGCACUCUGGCCAGAGAGCAAGCCUUCCCCAGCACCUUGAGCCCCAGUCCCUUCCAGCCCAGCCCUUCACGCACAUGUAGGCACUCACUGUGAGAUGUGGGUGAUGGGUGUCAGCAGAGUCUCCCCUUCCAGGUCCAGGUCCUCAGCGAAGCUGUUGGUUCUCAUGAAGUGGGGCAUGCUCACUUCCAGCAGUGUUGGGCUCUUCCUCACUGAGGAGAAAGUGUGGGGACAGCAUGUUAGGCCUCCCACCCAACCUGCCAGUGCUGUGGAGCCAGGCCUGUGAGCUCCCAGGGCCAGGUGAGGAGUGGAGCUUGUGCCUGGAAGCUCCAGCCCUGACAAUCAGUUUUAUAGUGGGGUGUUGGGGUGGGUGGGUGUCUAAGAUGGCCCCAAAGUGCCUGACACCUCAGUGUCAGGAGAGUAAAGGCCAGUGAAUCCUCUUCAGAGUGGUAACUGUGCCUGGGGCUGUGCUCAGGUGUCCAAGACUCUCCCCACCUCAGGUUCUGGGCCUCUUCCCAUGUUCACAACUGACACUUGGGUCAAGAAUAAAACAGAGGUGACAGGCACAGGCCUGGUAAGGGACAACAGCUCCCACCACCAUACAUUGUCACACUCAUACAUUGACAGAGCAGUGGGUCAGGAAAGAUGGGGUGAUAGGACCUCUGACCCACGAGAAUGGCAAGCCUGGAAGGUGGGGGCAGCCACAGAACUCCUUUCUCAAAACACGAUGCCACAUCAACCAGUUGUACCCCCAGUGAGGCACAGGAGUCCCUCCAACAGCUGGCUUCACAUUCUGAUUCCUGGGCCCACCUCUGCAACUUUGACACAGGAGCUCAGGAUACUGAUCCUUAUCACUCCCCACUCUCUGUUGACACUAUCAAUAUUUGCUCUUGGCUUAUAUUUGUCUUCAUUUAAAUAUUUUAUUGCAAAAGGAUUAAGUACUCAUCUGUGAGAAGUGGAAUAAUUUGAAGAUUCACAAUGGCUUUCCUCCCCCAAAGUCAUCAGUGUUAACUGCCAACUAGAUCCCUAGCCCACCCUCUCUGCUCAUCUGAGCAGCAGAUGCCAGGUGGGAGUUGCUUUUAUACACAUGGGAUGUCACUGUGACUCUGUUCCUGUCACUCUGUAACAUAAGCUCAUUUCAUUUUUCUCUAGGUAUAUAGGCAUGGAUUUAAUUAUUAUUUUAGUCAUUGCAUAAUAGUCCACAGUUUAGAUUGGCCACAGCUAACCAUUCUAUAUCAUGGACAUUCAGGCUCUUAUAGUUUUAAGCUGCUUAAUUAUUCAGACUAUGAUGCCAUAUCCAUCUUUAUUCUUAAAAGCUGACAUACUGGAGCAGGGUGAGAGGGUGUGUCCUUAGUAAUUUUAAUAAAUGUUGCUAGAUUGCUUUCCCACAUCCAUGCCUGAAUGAAGUGUUGAAUGAAGCCUGAAUGAAAGUUGUCAGCACCUUUUGCAGGGACUACCAAGCAGGGAUGAAAACUGAGACAUUGCUGUUAUUUCCAUCUGUGUUGAAUACCUUUUAUGGGCUUGGCAUCUAUUUGGGUUUCCUCUUGCAGAAUUGCCUGUUCAUAUCCUUUGCUCACUUUUGCUUAUCACUUUGUAGGAAUUUUCUAUAGAUUACAGACAUUAACUCCUUGUUAUAUGAGGCAUAGAUAUCUUCCCCAGUCUGUUUUUUUCACCUGAAUUAUGUUGCUUUUAUCCUAGAAAAUGUUUUGUUUUUAAAGUGAUAACAUCUUUUGCUUUAUAAAAAAGGAAGGUUUUCCCACAUCAGUGUAAUACAACUCUCUCUUAAAUUUAUUCCUAAUUUCACUAUUUGAAUGUGUUGUAUGUAUACAUAUGUAUGUGUGUAAAAGUUUUAAUGCAUUUAGUAUUUAUGCCUGAUAGGACAGAUGAUCAACAAUUAGAAAAUGAAAAUUUAAAGGGUGCUACAUACAAACUUACUGAAAAAAAUCUAAAAUAAAACAUAAAACCAUAAAAUGUCUUGAAGAAAACAUAAGAGAAAAUCUCCAGGACCUUGGAUUUGGCAGUGAAUUGUGAAAUACGAAACCGAAGGUUUAACUCGUAAAAGAAUCAACAAAUUGGACUUUAUCAAAAUUAAAAGCUUUUGCUGUGCAACAGACACUGCUAAUGGAAUGAAAAUACAAAGCACAGACUUGGAAAGAAUAUUUGCAUAUCACCUAUCAGGUCAAGGACUUGCACUCAGAACAUAUAAAGAAUGCUUACCACUUGACAAUAAAGUGAACAAUCCAAUUUUAAAAAUGGAUUAUAAAUAAGCAAAUGAAAAGAUACACAAUUAACAUAAAUAUGGAAAUGCAAAUUAGAAUCACAAUGAAAUUCCAUAAAUUAAAAAAAAAUUCAAAACCUGACAAUAUCAACCACUCUCGAGGAUGUGGAACAUGUAGAACUCUCAUAUGUUACUAGUGGGAACGCAAAAUGGCACAGUGACUUUAGGAAAUAGUUUAGCAAUUUCUUAUUAAGUUAAACAUACACAUACCACAUGACCUAUCAGUUCCUUUCCCACUCAAGUGAAUUGAAUUUUUAUGUUCACAAAAACCUGUACAUAAAUGUGUAUAGUAACUCUGCUCAUAAUAACCAAAUACUGGCAACAAUGAAGAUGUCCUUCAACAGGUGAAUGCAUAAACAAAAUGUGGUAUAUAUUCAUGCAAUGGAAUACCAUCCAGCAAUAAAAAGAAAUGAACUAAUGAUUUAUGUAACAACAUGGAUGAAUCUCAAAUGCAUUUUGCUAAGCAGUGAAAGAAGCCAGAUGCAAAAGAAUACAUAUUAUAGGAUCCCAUUUAUAGGACAUUCUAGAAAAAACAAAACUACAGGGACAUAAAACAGAUCAAUAGCUGCCAGUGGUUAGGGGAGAAGUACUUGACUUCAAAAGACUCACCCCAGGGUAUUUUUAGGGGUAUGGAACUUCUCUGAAUGAUACUGUAUUGUGGAUACAUGACUCCAGGCAUCUGUCAAAGCCCACAGAACUGAAUCUCAAAGAGUGGAUUUUACCGUAUGCAAAUUUUAAAAAUUAACCUGGAUGUUGGAGGACCCUAUGAUGGAAAGCAGACUAUGAUGAGCGAAUUCUAUGUGUUACAAACAAAUGACAUAGUGAAAGGAAAGAAGGAGGAGGAGCUGGCAUAUGUUGCUUUCAAAAACACUGUUUUGACUGGACACUAUGGUUAAAGCAAAAGUCUGUCAUAAACACUCUAAUCUAGUAGGUAAAUUUGCUUCACAUACGGUACUACGUGUACAAUAGGGUUACACAAAUAAGUAAAUUGAACUGUAGGUAAUGGGAGCCAGGUUUCUCGCUGUCAGAGAAAAAGCUAUAAAUAAGUUGUGGGGGAGGGGGCAAGGAUGAACUCUGGUCAGAAAUGUCAGUAUGAACUCAUGGUUAGCUUUAUAUAGAUACAGAUAUGUAAAGAUGUAUGUGUACUCAGGUUACAUACAUACAUAUAUUUCCUAGCUCUGUCCACUGAGAGGAGAUAGAAGCAGUGAUACCCCAGUAGCCACGAGCAUACCCCGUGCCUAGAUCCAGGUUUUUUAUUCAUUCUCCAAUAAAAGGAGCCAGGGCUCUCUGGAUGAUUCUAGGGCUAGGGUAGGGAAAAUAAAAGAUGAGCCUGAAGUAUUGUCAAGUGCUAGAAAAGAAGUAAAUGCUUAAAAAUAAAUGAAAAGGAUGGGGGCCACAUCAAAAGGACACAUGAACCCACCAAUGGCCACAGCUAGAACAAUUUGAGUGACAAAAUAAAUAAUAUUGGACUAUAACUCAAAAAAUACUCCCAAAUCCACAGUGAUAAAAUUAAAUAAACAGUUGGAGGAGAGGGACAAAUCUUCCUUACAAAGGAAUUCCAAAUAAAAAAUGUAGAAGGACUGAGGAAAAUAGAAGUACAUCACGGUAAUAUUUGCUGCAGGAAAAUGAUCCGUGAAUGAAUGCUGAAAUUAGUUGGUGAAACUCAGAAACUUCAGUUUCUUCCUUGAAAUAUAUUUUAAUUGCUGUGGUAGUUUUACCAUAUAUUUGCAGAUUUUUUUUUUUUGAUACUCUCCUGCAGGAGGUAGAGUUGAACUCCUCCAUUCCCCACCUUGAGUGUGGGCUAUACUUAGUGACUCACUUCUAAAGACUAAACUAUGGAAAGGGAAAGACAGCAGUUCACUUACAAUGGAGGAGCCUGGCCGACACCACUUUAAACAAGUGGCUCAAGGUUAAUAUUACCCGUGAUAAACCAUGUUGAUGUCAUGUUCCACAACGAGGAAAGCAUCUCACCUCAUUGGCAUUUUUCCCCUAAACCUAUAACCCUGCUCUAGUCCUGAGAAAACACCAGACAAACCCAAACUGAGGGACACUGACACCUGACUGAUAUUCUUCAGAAGUGUCAAGUUAAUGAAGAACAAGACUGAGAAGCCCGUCACCGAUCAGAGAUGACUAAAGAGACAUGCUCAAUAAAUGUAAUGAUAGAUCCUAGAUGGGUUCGCGGAACAGAAAAAGGACAUCAGUAGUUAAACUGGGGAAAUCCAAAUAAAUUUACAACUCUAGCUUAAUAGUGUACCAAUGUUAAUUUUUUAGUUUUGGUCAGUGUACCAUGGUUAUGUAAGAUGCUAGCAUUAGGGGAAGCUGGUGAAAGGGAUGUGGGGACUUGGUACUAUUUUUGUUUCUCUUCUGUAAAUAAAAAAUGUGAGAUAACAAGUGAAAACAGAACCUGUAUACAAUUGCACAAAAGAAUAUUAAUUAUCUAACUAAGGAUAUGCAAGAACUCUGGAGAAAAUUGUAAAACUUUAAUAAGAGACAAUGAAGAAGAUAUAAAUGGAGAAAUAUGCCUUCAUUCCAAUGACUAGAAGACUCAAUACUGAAAAGAUUAUCUCUAAAUCUUAAUAAAUCUCUCCAAAUCUUAAUAAAAAUCUCAAGGCUUCUGUGUGAGAACUUUGGCAAGCUGAUUCUAACAGCGACUUGGAAGUGCAAAAAGCCAAGAAUUGGCAAUAUUCUUGAAGAACAAGGUGGGAGAACUUGCUGUACCAAACAUCAGUACUUCUUCCAAGGCAGUGGUCAUUAGGGCAAUGUGGUAUUGACACAGGGAGAGACAAAUAGGCCAUUGGGACAGGAUUGAGCAUUGGGAAAUAGCCCACACAAAUAUGGAAGCUUGCUGUGUAUCAGAGGUGGCCUGCACAUCCUGGGAAGAGCAUGGACUUUUCAAUCAAAUGUUCAAGAGCAGUUGGAUACCCACACUGGAAAAACAUUAAGUUGGACCCUUAAUUACCUCACAUCUUAUACCAAAAAUUCAUUCUUGUCAUUCUAGGGGAUUGAAGACCUAAUUAUGAAAAGCAAAACUAUAAAGGUCACAUGACUGAAUAUAGAAGAAUAUCUUAAUGACAUCAGCAUUAGGAUGGUUUUCUUUUUUAAAAAGAAGCAAUAACCAUAAGAGAGAAGACUGAUUAAUUUGACAUUAGAGUUAAGACCCAAUCAUCAAAAUACACCUUAAAGAGUGAAAAGACAGUGCCCACAAAAUGCAAAGGACUCCUACAAAUCAAUAGGAAAAAUAUAAAUGACUUAAUAGAAAUUGGGCAAUAGACAAAGUAGCACAUCACAAAAGAGGAAUCCAAACGGCUGAUGAGCAUGUGGAAAGGUGUUGCGCCUGACUAGCAAUCAGGGAAAUGUAAAUAAACUCAGGAGCUCAUGGCCCGUGGGGGCGAAUGGCAGACUUCCAGCAGGAAACCACACAGACAUUACUUAGUCACAGCCAGGAGAAGGGCUCAGAGUGAAAGGGCUCUGUGCCCAUGACAUCCUUAGAGAGACCAGGGAAGGACCUGUAAGGCUUGAAGAAUGUGUGUAGAUUCGGAGACCCACAGGUCUGGGACCUGGCAGAAGCAUGUUACUGCCCCCAUUUUAGAGAUUUGGGGCUGAGAUUCAAGUACCCUGGGUUAUAUAAUGCAGUUGUCAAGUGACAGAGCUAAAACUUCAUCCAGGAUUCAAUUUUUUUUAAAAGGAAGAAAGAAAAAACAUUUUGAUGUUUGCAUCACUUGUAUGUAGAAGAAACGAUGGAGCACAGGCUAGAAUGUGGAGUUGCUUUCCAAACAGCCAUGACAAGUGCCCAUCUCCAAAGCCUGAGGGCCAAGGGUGAGCCACCUGACCCCUGAGGAAGGUUCUGCCCUUGUGUUUUAGGAAAUUAAAAUGUGCACAUCAGUUGGCUGCCCAGAGUAGGUGGGACCUGCACCUGCCAGAGAGGAAUGUGUGCUUUUUGGUUUAAUCCUGGGAACGGCAUAUGGGGCCCCCUAUAACAAGGGGCAGAGAAGGGCUCCACAGGUUUGUUUUUCCAAUUCAAGAGGAGAGGUUAUUGUCUGCUGGCUUGUGUGUCGGAGACUGUGGGGCGUGCUUUCUCCGCCACAGGGAGGCAGUGACCAGAGCUGCCACCUCUUCCCUGUUUUCACCUGUGGUCGUAGCCAGGUCAGGCAUCUAGGAGAGC